AGUUGGGUAGACAUUAAUUGAUAAUACAGUAUUCACAGUUACUGUUAGAAGGUAAGAAUGAUAAGAUUUGUUAUAAUACAGUUAGCUUUUCUGACUGUAGCUCUUGCAGAAAAUAUUGUCACACACAACUGCUCUUCAGCAGCACAGAAUUUCUCCAUAAGUCAUUUAAGUGUCGAUCACUUACCCAUAAAAAUUGGAAAUAAUGUAACUAUAAAUUUCGAUGCCAAAUCUUUAAUGAAUGUUCAAGAAGGCACCAAAGUAGAAGUCAGUGUUACGUAUAUACUUUUCACACUUUCUUGCUCGAAUUAUGAAAAAUUCUGUUUCGAUGUUUGUAAAAUAGUAAAAGAAGGUUCUGUUGAUUGCUUAAUUAAUGGCCAACCUUGUAAACAGUGUCCUAUCAAACCUGGAAAUGUACAGGUUCGACGUCUUGUAGUUGAGACCCCAAGUGUGCCACUGGUAAUUAUAUUUUAAGGUUUAAUUUAGUUUAGUUUUUAUUCGCGAUCAACUGAGGGAUGACAUUCGGGUGGUCUUUUAUGGGAAAUUGGCCCUUAUUUAGGUGUUACUAAUAAAGAAAACUUGGAAAACUCCACUUAAUUAGCAG